AUGGUACCAGUAUCUGAAAUAAGCAAGCGAGGAUUGUUUCAGGAAGACAUGGAGAACCCUACAGGUCCCGGGAAUUCCAAAAACAUACAACCUAAAUUCUCCUUGGGCAGACAAAUAUUCGUCUACUGCUUUGCUGUAGUACUUCUUGCUGUUAUCACUACAGCAUAUGUGAUGGAAUACCAGCUAGUCCAGGACCACACCCUAUUAAUCUCUAUUGGGCUUUAUGGAGCGUUAAUGGUACUCCACCUCCUUCUCGAGAGUUUUUUUGCCACUCUGGAAUUAUGGAAAAUAAAGAGAAGUAACCUGGAAUGCAGCUUUCAGAAGACCGUGGCCCUAACCAUUGCUGGCUAUCAGGAAGACCCAGAUUACCUGAGACAAUGUCUAGAAUCCUGUAGGAAUGUCAAAUAUCCAAAGGACAAACUAAAGAUCAUCUUUGUCAUAGAUGGGAACUCAGAAGAUGAUGCAUACAUGAUGGAAAUGUUCAAGGAUGUCUUCCAUGGAGAAGAUGUUGGAACAUAUGUCUGGGAAAGGAACUAUCACACGACUACACAGCCACAGGAACCCGGGCAAGAAACAGAACUUCUGAAGGAGGACCCUGGGGGGAAAAUGGUGGAAGAGCUGGUCCAGACAAAACGCUGUGUGUGCAUCAUGCAGCAGUGGGGUGGAAAAAGAGAGGUGAUGUACACUGCUUUCAGAGCCCUUGGGGACACUGUGGACUAUAUUCAGGUUUGCGAUUCUGACACAAAGAUGGAUGAAUUGGCCACUGUUGAAAUGGUAAAGGUCCUGGAGUCCAAUGAGCUGUAUGGGGCUGUGGGAGGAGAUGUCAGGAUUCUAAAUCCCUAUGAUUCCUUUAUCAGCUUCAUGAGCAAUCUGAGAUACUGGAUGGCAUUUAAUGUUGAAAGAGCCUCACAAUCGUAUUUUGACUGUGUAUCCUGCAUCAGUGGGCCUUUAGGUAUGUAUCGGAAUGACGUGCUUCAAACCUUUUUGGAUCCCUGGCACAGUCAGAAGUUUCUGGGAACCUACUGCACACUGGGUGAUGAUAGACAUUUAACUAACAGGAUGCUCAGUCUGGGAUAUGGCACAAAGUAUACACCCAAAUCUCGAGCAUUCUCUGAGAGCCCUUCUCAGUUCUUAAGGUGGUUGAAUCAGCAGACCCGCUGGACCAAGUCUUAUUAUCGGGAAUGGCUAUUUAACGCUCAGUGGUGGCACAAGCAUAGCCUGUGGAUGACCUAUGAAUCUGUGGUAACUGGUGCCUUCCCUUUCUUUGUCACUGUAACUAUCAUCCGACUCUUCUAUGCUGGAAGUUUGUGGAAUAUUGUGUGGCUCCUUCUCUGCAUCCAGUUCAUAGCAGUCUGCAAAUCCCUAUAUGCCUGCUGGCUCCGUGGAAAUAUGAUCAUGAUUCUUAUGUCUCUUUACUCCAUGCUUUACUUGUGUGGCCUUCUCCCUAGCAAAUAUUUUGCCAUUGUGACCAUGAACAAGUCCAGCUGGGGAACAUCUGGGCGUAAGAAGAUUGUUGGUAAUUACAUUCCUCUCCUACCUCUGUCAAUAUGGGCACUCAUUCUGCUUGGUGGAGUCUCCUUAAGUGUUUACAAAGACUCUGUUAAGGACUGGAACACCCCACAGCAGCAAGAAGAGCUGUUUUACCUAAUGUAUGGUGCAGUGAUAUAUGCAAGCUACUGGGCUCUCAUGGCUCUAAUGUAUUGGGUCUGGGUCAAACGGUGCUGCAGAAAGAGGUCUCAGAAAGUUACACUCAUCCAUGAUAUACCUGACCCAAUGCCAUAUGGUGCAGAAGCCGAUUUAGAGAGUGUUUAUUGCAUAAGGAUCAGGGUUUUGCAUACUGGAUGCAAGAGACACGAUAAAGCCCCAAUACAAGCUGAAGUUAUAAAGAUUGUGGCUUCUAGUUGGGAGGAAAAUUUACAGCACUUGCUUUGUAACCAUUUCCGGAAAUUGGAGGGGGCACUGGCAUUAGCACUGUCAUCUGCAAGCCACAGCAUACCCCCCGAGGAAACCCAGCAACUUCUGCAGCUACAUGGGGUCUCACAGCCCGCACCCGAUGAUCUACAGAGUGCGGCAGACGAGUCAAUCCGCCCAGUACCAGCUAUUGAUGCCUAUAACAGACCGGAUGCGAGCUCCCAUAGCCAUGCUACUGAUUCAGGACCUCAGCAGUUCGCACCGGCUCUCCGUGCAACGGAGCAAAGCGGAGUGCAACAGAUACGGACUGGGUUUGUCCGCACUAGAAGCAACUGCAUAUAUGAUCGAUUCCCUGCUGAAAGUGAAAGGUCAACAUUGGGACCCUCUGGAACACCUGAUACAUUGGUCUCUGCUAAAGUGAAAGAUACAGCGAGUCGGACCCUGGGAAGGCGCCCUCAGGGUGUGACAUAUUUAGUUUCUGAGAGACUGAAGUACGAUUGGGAGAUUCAUCACCGCAAGGAUUCCCAAUCUGAGAGUUUUGUUACUGCCCAAAGGAACUUCCAGCAAUAUGGAUACUCCUCCAUUGCACAACAUUGGACUCUGGUUAAGCUUGGAAUCGGGUGA